CAAUGAGCACGGCCAGAACGACGACCACGACAACCACGCUGCUGACCACGGGCAGGACGACACGCUAGCUUUUAUCGAUUUUCAGAGGACACACUCAUUGGAGUGCCUUGUGCGUGUUUGCAAAUCAAAAAUUGGCAGACACACGCACAGUCGGAAGGAAGUUGGGUCCGGUGGCGCAUUGAUUCGCAGCUGGGAGAGCUGGGCGUCUGCGCCUCCUGCGCGGCCCCUUAAGACGGCCUACACAUGAGCAUGCUGGGCUUUGUCUACUUGGUGCUCAUACUGGGCUGGAUAUUGAUCGUGUUGUUUCUCAAGUGCAAAAAGUCGCUGUCGGCGCCAUUUCGCUUUGGCGAGAACUACACGGAUGCCAUCGCGGAGACGAACGUCGAGCGUCGUCCCUCGGUGCAUGUGAUCCAGCUGCAGAGCGAGGAUAUCGAACAGGAGGAUCACUAUAUGAACAAUUUUCAUAGGCAGUCGGACAAUUUGCAGCGCUACUCGCAUCGAUCUACGCUCGAGGAGCGCGCCAUUGAGCGCACAUAUCCGACAGAUGCGGUCAUUAAUCCCGCCUACCUGCACGACGAGGAUUAUGUGAUUAAUGCGCCGCCGCCAUCCUAUGAGGAGGUAAUGCGACAGCCGCAGGUCUAUCCGCAGGUGCGCCACAAUAAUCAUAAGAUUAGCGAUCUAAGCAUUUGAGCUUGAGCUAAAGCUAGGCUACUUAAGAUAUCUCUGUACAUAUGUAGUUUUGUCAACUGUG